CUGUUAGCUACUGGCAGUGGAAGAUAUGUAUAAAAAGGGGGGUGGUAGAUUAUCUCAAAGUAUUUCUGACUUCAGAAUUGUAAAGACCACACCGAAAAUGAAGGGAGCCUUUAACUCUGCUGUCUGUAUUCUAAGUGUUUGCUGUUUAUUUCUUCUGGAUGGAGCCACUGCACGUAGUUGCGAUGAAGAAACACAUUGUCUACAUGAGUUGAAACAGUUUCAUAAAAACUCAGAGCUGGGUAUGGUUGGAGGAAGAAAGCCGGUUUGUGAUAGCGAGGGAAACUACGCCCCAAAGCAGUGCUCAGGGUCUCAAUGUUAUUGUGUAAAGGAGGACGGUAAAAAAAUUCAAGGUUUUAGUGUUAACCGUUGGGAAGCCGAACAACAGACAUGCAAAUGCGCACGUUCUCAAGCUGAGUAUCAGGAAUCUGGUAUGGUUGGGAAAGCGUUCCGUUGUACAGCCGAUGGAAGCUAUGACGAGAUUCAGUGUACAGGGUCACAGUGUUACUGUGCUGACGAAGAAGGACAACAAGUCGGAAGUGACAGUGUUCAUAUUAUUUCUCUAGACAAACUUAAUUGUUAAUUAUCUGAAGUUCACUUUUUUCUGUUUUGUACUAUCAUGUAAACUGAAAUUUAAGAAAUAUAACUUGAUCUUAAAUGAGAUUUGUUUUCAUAAAAAUAAAGUUUGUUAUACUGUUUCCAAAAAUGUGAUUAAAAUUAUUUCGCCGA